AGUGAAGCUUCUGAUCAGAGAAGAAGUUCUGCUGAAGACAGCUGCAGGUUCUGGUGUUCAGUUGGUUCUUCUAAAGCAACUUCCUGCCAGGCUGAAGAAUGGAGGGAACAUCUGUCCAGAUGCUGCUGGCUCUGAGCUCCCUGCUGUGCUGCACAACAAACCAAAUUGGUGUGACUGUGAGUCCCAGCAGAUCUCAGUUCUUUGAAGGAGAAUCAGUGAUUCUGAACUGUGAGGACGACAGCUCUGCAGGAUGGACUCUGAGGAGAAACACCUCAGGAGAAACCAGGACUCAGUGUGGAUCUGAGUGGGGAUCAGGAGAUGGUUUGUCCUGUAAGAUCAGUGAUCUAUUUACAGCAGACAGUGGUGUGUACUGGUGUGAGUCCAGAGGGGGAGGAGCCAGCAGCAUGGUGGUUAACAUCAGUGUCUCUGGUGGAUCAGUGAUCCUGCAGAGUCCUGUCCUCCCUGUGAUGGAGGGUCAUGACCUCACUCUGAGCUGUCAAUCAAAGACCCCUCCCUCCAACCCCUCAGCUGCUUUCUAUAAAGAUGGCUCCCUCAUCAGGACUGAGCCUACAGGUCACAUGACCCUCCAGCAUGUUUCCAGGUCUGAUGAAGGUCUCUACAAGUGUCACAUCAGGGAUCAUGGAGAGUCUCCAUCCAGCUGGAUCUCUGUCUCAG